GCGCCCGAGCGUCCGUGCGCGCCGUCGGCCAUGGCCGCGCGCCCCUGGGGCCCCGCGCGCCGCUGCCUGCUGGCGCUGGUGCUGUGCUGGGGCUCGCUGGCCGCGCUCGCCCAGAAGCCGGGCGCCGGGUGCCCGAGCCGCUGCCUGUGCUUCCGCACCACCGUGCGCUGCAUGCAUCUGCUGCUGGAGGCCGUGCCGGCCGUGGCGCCGCAGACCUCCAUCCUGGACCUCCGCUUCAACAGGAUCCGAGAGAUCCAGCCGGGGACGUUCCGGCGCCUGAGGAACCUGAACACGCUGCUCCUCAACAAUAACCACGUGAAGCGGAUCCCUGGCGGUGCCUUUGAAGACCUGGAAAACCUCAAGUACCUCUAUUUGUACAAGAAUGAGAUCCAGGCAAUUGACAGGCAAGCGUUUAAGGGACUUUCCUCUCUAGAGCAACUAUACCUGCACUUCAAUCAGAUUGAGACGCUGGAGCCCGAGGCCUUCCGGCACCUGCCGAAGCUGGAACGGCUAUUCCUGCACAACAACCGGAUCACACACUUGGUCCCCGGGACGUUCAGUGGCCUGCAGUCCAUGAAAAGACUGCGACUGGACUCCAAUGCACUGCGCUGUGACUGUGGCAUCCUGUGGCUGGCAGACCUGCUGCGGACCUACGCCCAGGAGGGCAGUACACAAGCAGCCGCCACCUGCGAGUUUCCCAGGCGCAUACAGGGCCGCUCCGUGGCUACCAUCACCCCUGAGGAGCUGAACUGUGAGCGACCUCGGAUCACGUCGGAGCCACAGGAUGCCGAUGUGACAUCUGGCAACACCGUAUACUUCACCUGCAGAGCUGAGGGCAACCCCAAGCCCGAGAUCAUCUGGCUCCGAAACAAUAACGAGCUGAGCAUGAAGACAGAUUCCCGCUUAAACCUGCUGGAUGAUGGCACACUGAUGAUCCAGAACACGCAGGAGACGGACCAGGGCAUCUACCAGUGCAUGGCCAAGAAUGUGGCUGGGGAGGUGAAGACACACGAGGUGACCCUCAGGUACUUUGGGUCUCCAGCUCGGCCCACUUUUGUAAUCCAGCCACAGAACACGGAGGUGCUGGUGGGCGAGAGCGUUACCCUGGAGUGCAGCGCCACGGGCCACCCUCCGCCCAGGAUCUCCUGGACCCGUGGUGACCACACCCCGCUGCCUGCUGACCCGCGGGUGAACAUCACGCCGUCUGGUGGACUUUACAUUCAAGAUGUGACGCAAGGGGACAGUGGGGAGUAUGCAUGCUUUGCAUCCAAUGGUGUUGACAGCAUCCGUGCCACAGCCUUCAUCAUCGUCCAGGCCUUGCCCCAGUUUACGGUGACUCCUCAGGACAGAGUCGUUGUUGAGGGUCAGACAGUCGACUUCCAGUGUGAGGCCCAGGGUUACCCACAGCCGGUCAUUGCCUGGACCAAGGGAGGCAGCCAGCUGUCAGUGGACAGGCGGCACCUGGUACUGUCAUCUGGGACACUGAGGAUCUCAGGGGUCGCCCUGCAUGACCAGGGCCAGUAUGAGUGCCAAGCAGUCAACAUCAUCGGCUCCCAGAAGGUUGUGGCCCACCUGACCGUGCAGCCCAGAGUCACGCCUGUGUUUGCCAGGAUUCCCAGCGACCUCACGGUGGAGGUGGGCACCAAUGUGCAGCUGCCCUGCAGCUCUCAGGGGGAGCCAGAGCCAGCCAUCACCUGGAACAAGGAUGGAGUCCAGGUAACAGAGAGUGGAAAGUUUUACAUCAGCCCUGAGGGAUUCCUGACCAUCAAUGAUGUGGGGACAGCGGAUGCUGGCCGCUACGAGUGUGUUGCCCGGAACACCAUUGGCCACGCCUCUGUCAGCAUGGUGCUCAGUGUCAGUGUUCCUGAUGUCAGUCGCAAUGGGGACCCCUUCGUGGCUACAUCCAUUGUGGAAGCCAUCGCCACAGUGGACAGAGCCAUCAACUCCACCCGGACACACCUGUUUGACAGCCGCCCUCGCUCUCCGAAUGACCUGCUGGCCUUGUUCCGGUACCCACGGGACCCCUACACGGUGGAGCAGGCCCGGGCUGGGGAGAUAUUCGAACGCACGCUGCAGCUCAUCCAGGAGCACGUGCAGCACGGCCUGAUGGUGGACCUGAACGGCACAAGUUACCACUACAAUGACCUCGUGUCCCCCCAGUACCUGAGCCUCAUCGCCAACCUGUCGGGAUGCACCGCACACCGGCGCAUGGACAACUGUUCCGACAUGUGCUUCCACCAGAAGUACCGGACACACGACGGCACCUGCAACAACCUGCAGCACCCCAUGUGGGGCGCCUCGCUGACUGCCUUUGAGCGCCUGCUCACCGCGGUCUAUGAGAAUGGAUUCAACACGCCACGGGGCAUCAGCCCCCAGCGGCUGUACCACGGGCACGCACUGCCGCUGCCCCGCCUGGUGUCCACCACGCUCAUUGGCACGGAGGCCAUCACCCCUGAUGCGGAGUUCACGCACAUGCUUAUGCAGUGGGGCCAGUUCCUAGACCAUGACUUGGACUCCACAGUGGUGGCCCUGAGCGAGGCCCGCUUCUCUGACGGGCAGCAUUGCAGCGUGGCGUGCAGCAACGACCCGCCCUGCUUCUCGGUCGCAAUUCCGCCCAGCGACCCCCGGGCCCGCAGCGGCGCCCGCUGCAUGUUCUUCGUGCGCUCAAGCCCCGUGUGUGGCAGCGGCAUGACCUCGCUGCUCAUGAACUCUGUGUACCCGCGGGAGCAGAUCAACCAGCUCACGUCCUACAUCGACGCCUCCAAUGUGUAUGGCAGCUCGGAGCACGAGACCCGCAGCAUCCGGGACCUGGCCAGCCAGCGGGGCCUGCUGCGCCAGGGCAUCGUGCAGAGGUCUGGGAAGCCACUGCUGCCCUUCGCCACAGGGCCGCCCACUGAAUGCAUGCGGGAUGAGAACGAGAGCCCCAUCCCCUGUUUCCUGGCCGGGGACCACCGUGCCAACGAGCAGCUGGGCCUGACCAGCAUGCACACACUGUGGUUCCGUGAGCACAACCGCAUUGCCACCGAGCUGCUGCGCCUGAACCCUCACUGGGACGGAGACACCGUGUACCAUGAGACCCGCAAGAUCGUGGGGGCCCAGAUGCAGCACAUCACCUACCAGCACUGGCUGCCCAAGGUGCUGGGUGAGGUAGGCAUGAAAAUGCUGGGCACGUACUGUGGCUAUGACCCUGGCGUCAAUGCUGGCAUCUUCAAUGCCUUUGCCACGGCCGCCUUCAGGUUCGGCCACACGCUCAUCAAUCCUGUGCUCUACCGGCUGGACGAGAACUUCGAGCCGAUCCCGCAGGGCCACCUCCCCUUGCACAAGGCCUUCUUCUCGCCAUUCCGCAUCGUCAACGAGGGGGGCAUCGACCCGCUGCUGCGGGGGCUGUUUGGGGUGGCAGGAAAGAUGCGUGUGCCGUCCCAGCUGCUGAACACGGAGCUCACUGAGCGCCUCUUCUCCAUGGCACGUGCUGUGGCCCUCGAUCUGGCUGCCAUCAACAUCCAGCGUGGCCGUGACCAUGGCAUCCCGCCCUACCACGACUACAGGGUCUACUGCAACCUGUCAGCCGCCCACACCUUCGAGGACCUGAAAAAUGAGAUCAAAAACCCCGAGAUCCGGGAGAAACUUCGAAGGCUCUAUGGCUCCCCACUCAACAUCGACCUGUUCCCGGCCCUCAUGGUGGAGGACUUGAUCCCUGGAAGCCGCCUGGGCCCCACCCUCAUGUGCCUGCUCAGCUCCCAAUUUAAGCGCCUCCGAGACGGGGACAGGCUGUGGUAUGAAAACCCGGGGGUGCUAUCCCCUGCCCAGCUGACGCAGAUCAGGCAGACGUCGCUGGCCCGGAUCCUGUGCGACAACGCAGACAACAUCACCCGUGUGCAGAGGGACGUGUUCCGGGUGGCAGAAUUCCCACAUGGCUACAGCAGCUGCGAGGACAUCCCCAAGGUGGACCUCCGGGUAUGGCAGGAUUGCUGCGAAGACUGCAGGACCAGAGGGCAGUUCAACGCCUUCUCCUACCACUUCCGCGGCCGCCGGGCUCUGGAGUACAGCUACCAGGAGGAUGAGCCAUUGUUGAGCGCCAGGCCACAUGGGUCCCUCAGUGUCGGGAAACAUGGCCAGCACCUGGGCAAUGCCACGUCUUCCUCCCACGAGCACUCCCAGGCACUAGGGACAAAUGACUUCAGAGACUUCGUCCUGGAGAUGCAGAAGACCAUCACAGGCCUCAGGAGACAGAUAAAGAACCUUGAGUCCCGGCUCAGCACCACGGAGUGCGUGGACGCCCACGGUGAUUCUCACGCCAAUGGCACCAAGUGGAAGGCAGACUUGUGCACGGCGUGUGAGUGCAGAGAUGGGCAGGUGACCUGCUUCGUGGAAGCUUGCCCACCAGCCUCCUGUGCAACUCCUGUGAAAACCGAAGAUGCCUGCUGCCCGCUCUGCCUAGAGAAGACAGCCGAGGACAGGCCCUAG